AUGUCUGGAUUCUUUGGAAGGAUUUUCGGAUUCGGAGAAUCAACCGACGGUACCGCCGCAGAGGAACCGAAGGUUGGAGAGGAAACUGCCAAACGCUCAGAAUCCGGAGAUUCGAGUGAUGAUGACAGCAGCUUCUCAUUUGGAGAAGAUUCUUCAGAUGAUGAGAAAAUGGAGGAGAGCGGAGAAAGAACCAUUGAGGAUAAGGAGGAAGAGAUCUGUGAAGAAUCGAUCGAGUACUUGUUAGAUGAAUCGAUCGAUAAACAAGAGUACUCUUUUGGAGAAGAAGAGACAGCUGAAGAUUCUGGAGAGGUUCUCAUUGACAACAGUGUCAAGGAGACUCAGAAAGAAUCAACUCAAAUUGAUAUCAAUGAGAACCCAAUAGAAGAAGCUCAUCCGAUCUCUUUAGAUUCUGAAGAUGAUCUCAGCGAUAUUGAGUUUUGCUAUAGAAAUGAAACAUCAGAUGAAGAAGAUUCAGCAGUCAACAAGGAUUCUGAAGUGUCUGAGAACCCAAAGGAGAAUGAUAAAGAAAUCACUCCAGAAGAGACUCAUGUGAUUUCUGAAGAAGAUUCAGUAGAGAUUGAUGAGCUCGUCCUUCAGGAGGACGGAGGUUCAGAAUCCGGCGAAGACAGUUUCUCAUAUGGGGAGGAGUCUGAAGCGAGCGAUUUCGAAGAAUUCCGAAAUAUCAAUGAUGAGGUGGAAAGUGUUGGGAGCUGCUCGAGCCCAUCUAAUAAUUCGUUUGAGGAAUAUGAGGAUGCAAUCAAUACUGAGAAGAGUGAGUUAACGGAGGCUUGGAAAGUCGUGCAGACUGAACUCAACUCAGAAUUGAAUAACGAGAAAGUAAAUGAUUUGGAUGAAGAGAAACUAGAAGAAUAUGAAGAUGCAUUGAAUACGGACUUGAAUGAGUUGGCUGUGGAGACUUUGGCUAUGACACCGAAUGACGAUUUGGAGUUGAACGACGAGAAAUCAGAAGAACGAAGCGUCAAGAAAAAUGAAUCGGACGUCUUCGAAAACUUGUCAGAUGAUUCAAUGCUUCAGGAGGAGAAAAAAGAAAAAGAAGUUAUUGAAGUUAUUAUUGAUCCAGAAGACACGAGUGAUAACGCAAGUCAGCUCAUUGACUUCACAAUGAGUCAGAUGCAGCAAUUGGAGAUGGAGAACCGUGAUGAGGAAGAAAAAUUAGAGGUGGUUGCAACGGAUUCCAAGGGAGAUGUCGAAGUUGUUGAGGAGGAGAUCACAGGAAAGUCCGAAGGUUUGAAGAAUGCAAAGACGGACACUCUCACUACUGAUGGUUCCAUAAACAAGAAGAGAAAAUCGAAGCUCUCUAAGGAACACAUUCUCGCCUAUGAAGAGUACAUCAGGGCUACUGAAGCUUAUGAAUUUGCCCUUGAACAACAUGUUCGUCAGUUGGAACGAUGCUUGGCCGUCAAUGAGAAAAUUCUUCGCAUCACCGGCACUGCAAAAUAA